CGCGGCAAGCCGACAGCGCAUCGCCAUAUUGAAGUGAGUGUCGUCCGCGCGCACGUGAUCCUACGUAAGAUGCUCGGAUGUGCGAUAGCCGAUGGGAUAUUUUCGAAGCAGAGUUUAUUGCUGCGGGGACAGAGCGUUGCGAGACAAUGGACAUGGCCUUGUGUGAAAGGUGGGUCGCAGGCAAUUCGAUGUAAAUUAACGGUGCCGAGCCUUCGACUUCUCGGGACGUUUGCGCCGGGCUUCCGUUUUGCGUCGUUUUCUCGGUUUUCACGGUCAGGCGGCCCGUCGUUCAAUCAGGCGCGGGAAGUUCAAACGAACAAACCAUACGAAAUACCCACGAAUUUGUCAGCGGACGCGAUACUGUACAAGAACGAGAAUAGAAAACUGUUUAAGCUCCUCAACAUUUUUGCUAUUUCCCAAUUAAUAUUUUGGACAUAUUUGGCCCACUUUAUUUAUACCAUGCUGAAGGAUACCCCUGUAAGCAAAUCCCAAGCCGAUAAUUUACCCUGGUGGAGGAGUAUCAACUUUGGCGAAAAAAAGAUUCGGAUCAUUCUCUCUGUAUGCACAUUUCUGAUCGGGUACGCGAUGUUCGCGUUUGCAUGGAUGCAUACAUUGAAGUCCGUUAAAUAUCUCGUCUUGCGCAAGGGUGGAAAUAAGCUCACCUUCAUUACGCACACUCCGUUUGGAGGGACCAGGACGAGGACGGUUCCCCUGGAUAAGGUAUGUUGCAAGCUGAACAGAGCCGAAGCAAAAGUUCACCUCCCGAUAAAAGUGAAAGGAGAUAUGAUGCAUUACAUUCUUGACAUGCGAGGGCGAUUCACGAAUACGAAACUUUUCGACUUCACGGCCGGCCUGCAAAGACCGAUAUAGGAUACGAUGCUUUCAACUAUUAGGGCUUGCCAAGUUUGAAAGAUGUAACUUUGUCACUUACUUAAUUGAAAUUUAUUAUUAAAAUAACGAAAAACAA